AUGGAAACGACCUACAAAUCCUUGGCCGAUCGGGUCGUUUCCAGAUGGCGCCAUCACGUGGAAAAACACACCACUGCUGCCCGGCCCGACCAACCUGUGCCUCGACUUUUGAUCGCGCUUGCAGGUCCCCCGGGCUCGGGAAAGACGACAAUCGCCACCAACGUGGUCAAGAUCCUGGAGGAAAGGAGACGCAGCGACGACCCCACCACGCCCAAAACCACGGCAGUCUCGGCCGACGGCUUCCACCUGCCGCUCGAGACGUUGCGUGCGCUCCCAAACGCCGAGGAGGCCAUCGCGCGGAGGGGGGCCCCGUGGACCUUUGACGGGCUGGCGGCCGUGGCGCUGGUGCGAGAGCUGGGCAGGACGCCGCGGGCGACCGUGUCGGCGCCGACGUUUGACCACGCCGUCAAGGACCCGGUGCCGGACGGGUUGAGCGUCGGCCCGGACGUCGACGUCUGUCUGCUCGAGGGCAACUACCUCCUCUGCGACGAGGAGCCGUGGUCCGGCGUCGCCGCCGAGGUGCACGACCGCUGGCUCGUCUCGGUCGCUGAGGACCUGGCCAGGGCGAGGGUGGCUGCGCGUCACGUCGCCGCUGGGAUCGAGCCUGAUUUGGAGAGCGCCCUGAAGAGGACGGAUGGGAACGACAUGGUCAAUGGGCGGUUCGUCAUGGACAAGAGCAGAGGGAGAUAUGAUUUAUUGAUCGAGAGUGUGGAGGAGACUCGGAACUAG